AGAAUUUUCUGGAAAUCCUAGUUGGUGAUUGGCGAAAGGGAGCAGAAGGCGGGACUUGUGUCUAACUCGGUGAUCCAAUUGGCUCUCUUCCAGUGUACGUCAAUGAAGGGUCAAAGUAAGAUACUCUUGCAAAAAAAUGUACGUUUUUCUAGUCUCCUGUUAAUAUAGUGUGCGUUGAUCAGAAUGCUGAAUCAGCACCAAAUACAUCCUGAAAUUGCUGUAGCUGCUGCAUAGAGGGACUGAUGUGACAGAUGACUAAGUGGAAGAAAUCAUGGCAUCUAAAUAGGUUGGCUUCACGCUGGAGGUCUAAGCUUAAACAAUGUCCCACUGUAACCGAGAGCUGGUGCAGUUCUAUUUAGGCUAUAAGAUGUCAUCCAGAGACUAUCCUGUGUCCCUGCUGAAACCCACAGAUGAUGGGGGACAAACUGCAGAGGACCGCUCUGCUACCUGCAACGGCACACUGGUCAACAGCGAGGACGGCCAGCUGAAGAAGUCCUGCCCCUGUUGUGCUAGCAUGGAUGCCAUCAAAUCCACCCUUAAAGAUUCGGCCAAUGAGUUUGAGCGUCGCUUCAGUCAAGGUUUUAGUGAUCUCUCUCUGCAGUUUCACAUCACUCCUGACACGGCCUACCAAAACUUCAAAAGUGUGUUGGAUGAGCUGUUCAAGGAUGGGAUAAACUGGGGGCGUGUUGUGGGUUUGUUUGUCUUUGGUGGUGUGCUGUGUGUUGAGUGUGUCGAGAGGAAUAUGAGUGAGCUGGUCUCCCGCAUUGCUGAAUGGAUGACCAUGUACCUAGACGAGCAAAUAAGUCCAUGGAUCCACAGUCAAGGAGGAUGGGAUUGCUUUGCACAGCUGUAUGGGCAGGAUGGCGCUGCAGAAGCGAGAAGAUUUCAAGAGACGCUGAAAAAGUGGACGCUGGUCGCAGUGGCACUUCUAACCGGACUGCUGCUUGGUUUGCUCAUUGCCAAGAAACGGUGAUGGUGCUUCAUGGUGCUCGUCUCUUCAUGCACAAGUUAAGCUAAAAGGCUAAUGUUUACAUUUUAAAAUCUCUGCUGCUGCACUGACAGGCUUUUGCUAGGCUGCAUUACAGCAAGUUGUGUUACAGCCAAUAGUGUAGUGCAACUGUUUUAUCUUUUUAAUGCACAGCAGAGUGCGUCAUUUAGCAAAGAAUCUAUUCUUCUGACUGGAAGCUCUUUAAAUGAACCUGAUAAGCUAAGAAACAUUGACACACAUCUUUUAGUUUUGCAUUAACAGACAACUAUGUGUGGUCACACAGCUGACUCUUAUUUUCAUUUUGUAUUGCAAGGCUCCUUGUGUUACCUGUACUGGAGUUUAGGCAUGCUUCAAAAUAAAUAUAUUUAUGCUUUU